GCUAGCGGCCAGUCACUCCUUCAGUGACUGUCCCCUGAGCUCCCGCUCAGCCUGUGACCCUGGGGUGAAGACGGAUGCGCCCGACGAGGACCUUGUGCCCAGGGACCUGCAGGGACUUCAAGAAAUGGAAAGGGUGCCCUUGGCAAAUGAAGAUAAAACGAUGUCCUCAAACUUAAAAUACCUAUCCUUGGGAAUUUUGGUCUUUCAGACUACCAGUUUAGUUCUAACCAUGCGUUAUUCCAGAACUUUAAAAGAGGAGGGCCCUCGUUAUUUGUCUUCUACAGCGGUGGUUGUUGCUGAAUUUCUGAAGAUAAUGGCCUGCAUCCUUUUAGUCUACAAAGACAGUAAGUGCAGCGUGAGAACCCUGAAUCGAGUGCUACAUGAUGAAAUUCUUAACAAACCCAUGGAAACACUUAAGCUUGCCAUUCCAUCAGGGAUCUAUACUCUUCAGAAUAAUUUACUGUAUGUGGCACUGUCAAAUCUAGAUGCAGCCACUUAUCAGGUCACAUAUCAGUUGAAAAUUCUUACAACAGCAUUAUUUUCUGUGUCUAUGCUUGGCAAAAAAUUGGGUGUAUACCAGUGGCUCUCCCUAGUAAUUCUGAUGACAGGAGUUGCUUUUGUACAGUGGCCUUCUGAUUCUCAAGAGCUUGAUUCCAAGGAGCUUUCAGCUGGCUCUCAGUUUGUAGGCCUCAUGGCAGUUCUCACAGCAUGUUUUUCAAGUGGCUUUGCUGGAGUUUAUUUUGAGAAAAUCUUAAAAGAAACAAAGCAGUCGGUAUGGAUAAGAAACAUUCAGCUUGGUUUCUUUGGGAGUAUAUUUGGAUUGAUGGGUGUAUAUAUUUAUGAUGGAGAAUUGGUAUCAAACAAUGGAUUUUUUCAAGGAUAUAAUCAACUGACAUGGAUAGUUGUUGUUCUUCAGGCCCUUGGAGGACUUGUGAUAGCUGCUGUUAUCAAGUAUGCAGAUAAUAUUCUAAAAGGAUUUGCAACGUCCUUGUCCAUAAUAUUAUCAACACUCAUAUCCUAUUUUUGGCUACAAGAUUUUGUGCCAACCAGUGUCUUUUUCCUUGGAGCCAUCCUUGUAAUAGCAGCUACUUUUCUAUACGGUUAUGAUCCUAAACCUUCAGGAAACCCCACUAAAGCGUAGUCACGUACUAUCAUCUGGUUUUUCACGAUGGUGCCCUAGGAAUCGCAACGUUAAUCUUGCACAGAAGACUUCUCCAGAUUCUGUGAAGAUAUCAUCAUGCUAAACCUGAUUGUACUGUUCAAAUGGUUUGAAGUGUGCAAGCUUCAGGAUUAAAUAUGUAUACACUAUCUGGAAAUCAAACUUGAAAGCAUUUCCAGGGACUAGGAUUAGAAGGAAUACUGGGAGGAAACUUGAAGUUUAAGUUUAUAAAGAGUUUACCUUUUUGAUUGCUGCAGAAUUGUCCUAUGCACUCUUUGCAAGAGCACACAAAUGUCAAAUACCAAUUUUUGAAAGUUAGAUCUACUUACUCUUACUAAAUUUUUAAAAAAAUCUUACUCUUUCUGUACAGGUAUAUCAAAUCACACGGAAUAUUCAAAGCUUGAAACUUACGGUUGCCUAUAAAGCUGUGAAAAAACAAAUAUGAUUUUAAAACAUUUUGAUGUAUUUGAAAUUUUUAUAUUCAUACAGAAGAUUGCUACGCAAAGAUUGCUAAAUGUUAUUUGUUCAAUUAUAUAAAAUAUUCUGGGUCCGAUUUGUCAUAGAAUAAAAUUCAUAUUUAAAUUCAGUGCAUAGAGAAUCUAUUUCUCCAUGUAUAUCUUCAGACCUCUUAGUGCUUUGAGACAGCUGAAUGCAAUCCAACUUCCUAUGCCACGAAGCCAGUGACUCUUACACUAGUGGAGCUUUAUCUUUAGUUUCCUAGUGUACUUCUUUUCCACAAAUAAGAGAAAUCUUUAACAUUAUCUUAAGUUGAAUUUGUGGGUGUUGUCAUUAAAAAGUUUAAGUGAAUUUAAAGGGAUGAAAUAUACAUUUAAUGUUUGAAAAUAAUUAUUAUUGCCUAAUAUUUCCAUGUGGAGAAAUCAGAACUAUUAAGCAUAUACUGUAUACAAUAUAAAUUUUUUAAAUGGAGAAUUUACUCAUUGAUCUAUAGCAGGAAUGUUCUUUAAUCUGCAACUUUUGAUAAAAACAACAACCAAAAAAUAGUAAUACACAUGAGUGACCAAGAGCAAACUGACUUUCUUAUAGACAUUCCCUGCUGCUGUGCUGCAUUCUUCCAAAUGGCAUCUAACUUUUAAGUUCAAAGGCUGCUUAGGAGAACUCUUUGGGUCUCUCAUAAGCCUGCUAUCCCCAAGAAUACUCUGAUCAUGUGACUGGAAGAGGUGGUUAAAUUCUGAGUUCCCUUUCUGUGUCCCCAUAAGAGCUGCUGGGAAGGAGCCACCAUUUGCUUUAAAGUAGUGGGUUUUCUUUCUUUUUUAACACUGGAGUUGAGGGUGCAAAUUAUAUGACCUAUUUAAUAAGCUGAUUCAAAGAAGAGAGGAGAUAUUAAGAAAUAGUAAGAUGAGGUGGGAGGCAAAAAUGCUUUCUAUACUUGGAAUGUAGGUUUAAUUUAAUUAUUGACCAUAAGCAGAAUUACCUACUGAGUAUGAGAAGUAUUUUACUUUACUUUUUCAUUUAUAUUGUAUAUAUUUUAAAAAUCUGUUCUAAUGUAAGAACAGAUAAGAUAUAAAGCCUUUAUAAGAUAUAAAACCUAUAAAAAGAUAACUAUUUUUGUGUAGUUCAAAUGGAUUUUGUUAAAUAGGGUUUUCUCGAAAGUACCAUUGUUGAGAACUGCUGAGUACAGUUGGCUAGUUGAACUGACUGUUGUACUUUGCUAAUGCAAACACAGUUACACGCCUAAUCAGCUCCAUUCAAAGUUUUAAAGUACUUAAAAUUACAAGACCUUUAAAAUCAGUUUGCUGGUGAUAACAAAAUGAUAGUAAGCAAAAUUUCUGAAUUCCAUAUUUAUGAUUUUCAGUGGCUACCUUUUAGAGUAUUUGAUAACUACUAUAUUUUGAGUGUGGUGUUUGAAGACUGCCACAACACUCAGACCCAUGUCCUAUUAUUACUCACUACUGUGAGAAACCAAGGCUUGCAAACACACAAAGUUCAAGACUAAAGAUGGAUGUUCAGCUCACAUAAGUAUUGUUUGGGCAACUGUGUUUUAAUACACUGUGAAUUCACAAUUAAUGAUAAUUUAGAUCUACCUGUUUUAACCCUUCAAAAAUUUAUGAGUGGGCUAGGUGUGGUGGUACACACACCUUUAGUUCCAGAGGCGGCGGAUCUCUGUGAAAUCUAGGCCAGCUUGGUCUACAUAGUGAGUUCCAGGCUACCUAGGGCUAUAGGGAGACCCUGUCUCAAAACAAAACAAAACAAAUUUGUACAAGCAAGUUAUUGGAUAUUAGGUUUGUUAAAGUAACAGGUACAUUUUAGGUAUCUAAAAAUCCCACAAUUUUCAAGAUUCUUAAUAAAGUUUAUAAAAAUGUAAUUAAGAAUUAUGAAGUAUAUUGUCAAAGCAAGCUUUUAUUAGGCAUCAUUUUUGUUUUUCUCUUCUAGUAGGUUUGAAAAUGCCAUUGGGCUAUAUGGUUUAUAUAAGGUAAAAAAAUCAUAUUUGAAAAAGUGGGCUUGUAUCCUAGAUUGUGUUAUAUAUACAGAGAUUGAAAUUUUGUGUAUUGUGGUUUGUGUUUUGAUGACUUUCAAAGGUAUUACUGUGUCAACCUUUUAUAAUGAUAACUUCUUGAUUAUUUAAAUUUUUAUACUUUGUAUACUUGUUAUCUCUUAACUGCUUUCCUCUAUGUGAAAUGUGUUGGGAAGAGAAUAGUGCCAAUUGAUAGCUCUUUUAGAAAUGAAGACCAUGGCCCUGGAAGAAGAGUUUGAAAUGCAGCAGGUAGAUUUUUUUUCAAGUUACUUUUAUGAUAGUAUAGAGUUUAAAGAUGCAGAACUUGAAUGUUUACAUCAGUUUAUCUCAAAUGCCACAGAAUUUCAUAGAAAGGAAAAAGCAGUUCUAUAUUUCAACUAGAUUCUACUGAGUCUAAAAGGAAAUUAACAUUUUGAACUUCUAUACACUUAAGUGUAAUAUUGAAUAUUCUCACAUAUCAAAUUAGACUUUUAAAAUGUCCUUGUACAGUCAUUCAACUGUACAAUGAGAUAUUUUCCCCUCUUCAACUGAGAUAUUUUUAAGAGUUUAGCAUUAUUCAUUUUAUUUAAACAUUCAUUGUAAAAAUAUUUAAUUACAGUAGAUGUAUACUUUACAUGAGAUUUCUAAAAAAAGUAUUUAUUUUAAGACUUAUUUUAAGACUCUCCAAGAUAUUUACAGUAGUUAUAGGGCCAAAGAAAAUUCACCUUUAUCACAUUCUGGUCCUGUGUGCCUUGCUUUACCAAAUACCUGACUUUUGUGGAGAAUAUUUCUGCCAUUCACAAUUUUGGACACAUGGGCAAAAUCAGGAUUUUUUUUUUUUUCAAGAA